AUGGGUCAUUACUCAGAGGCCCACAUUUGCCAGAGCUUGAGCCGCCUAGCAACUCUCCGGCGUAAUUCGCCGGUCACGAUUUUUGGUAACCGGCGAAAGACCGGUGAGCANAAAGAAAUGGGUCAUUACUCAGUGGCCCACAUUUGCCAGAGCUUGAGCCGCCUAGCAACUCUCCGGCGUAAUUCGCCGGUCACGAUUUUUGGUAACCGGCGAAAGACAGGUGAGCAGUUCGUGGAGGGAGUGUUGGGCCUGGCCCGUGGGCUUGUCGAUUUGGGCCUCAAGCCCGGAGANCGUGAUUUGUACAUGGAUUGGUUGCUGGCUGUUGCAUCUGUUGGAGGAAUAGCUGCUCCACUCAAUUUCCGAAGGAGCUUGGAAGAGGCAACAUUGGCAAUGGAAUUAGUGAGACCAAUAUUGUUGGUGACUGACAAGAUAUUAACUACUGAAUCGCUUAAGAAGCCUUCUGAAAGAUCUUUAUCAGUCAAUUACAUUUGGGGUCCUGAGGGUGCCACUUUAAUAUGCUUCACCUCAGGAACCACUGGAAGGCUGAAGGGAGUUGUCAUAAGCCAUUCUGCUUUAAUUGUACAAUCCCUGGCAAAAAUUGCAAUUGUUGGUUACGGUGAGGAUGAUGUUUAUUUGCAUACAGCUCCAUUGUGCCACAUUGGUGGAAUUUCAUCAGCAAUGGCUGUGCUAAUGGUAGGAGGUUGCCAUAUCUUGAUGCCAAAAUUUGAGGCUAAAUCAGCACUUGAAGCCAUAGAGCAACACCAUGUGACUUCUCUGAUCACUGUCCCUAUGAUAAUGGCUGAUUAA